ACCCCGAGAGCCUGUGCUUCAUUGCAGAGUUCGCAUGGAAAUCUGUUGCAUCAACACCACAACGAAAACCAAGCGAUGGAAUCCUUUGAGUUUGGAUGAGUCUUGAAGGAGGCCCGAGGGGAGUCCACAGUGUUGACCAGAGAGAAGUUGUGGUGGCCGAGCGGACGGCGGACGUUCGCCGGAACGAGCAGCUGUCAAGUGUCAGUCAAGCGGGGCGGCGCUCUCUUAACCCCUCACUGCAGCUGCAUCGCACCACACCACCUCGUCCUUAUCAUCGCUAUUAAGAACCCCCAGCUGAGAACCAUGUCGCACUCGCACUCGCACUCCCACGACAAUAUCGCCGACCAUGGCCACUCGCACGAGAUCCUCGACGGCCCGGGCUCCUACAUCAACCGCGAACAGCCGCUGUACGAGGGCCGUGACUGGAGCGACCGGGCCUUCACAAUUGGGAUCGGAGGCCCCGUCGGGUCAGGAAAGACAGCUCUCAUGCUAGCACUCUGCCGCGCCCUUCGCGAGGAAUACAACAUUGCGGCCGUCACCAACGACAUCUUCACCCGCGAAGACGCCGAGUUCCUCACGCGCAAUAAAGCUCUCUCGCCCGAGCGCAUCCGCGCCAUCGAAACAGGCGGGUGCCCGCACGCCGCCGUCCGCGAAGAUAUCAGCGCCAACCUCCUCGCCCUGCAGAACCUCCACCGCCAAUUCCAAACCGACCUCCUCCUCAUCGAGUCCGGCGGCGACAACCUCGCCGCAAACUACUCGCGCGAACUCGCCGACUUCAUCAUCUACGUCAUCGAUGUUGCUGGUGGUGACAAGGUACCCCGCAAAGGCGGGCCCGGCAUUACAGGCUCCGACCUGCUGGUCGUGAACAAGAUUGAUCUUGCAGAGGCUGUGGGCGCGGAUAUCUCGGUGAUGGAGCGGGAUGCGGCGAAGAUGCGAGAGGGCGGGCCGACGGUCUUUGCGGUUGUGAAGAGGGAUGAGGGCGUUGAUCAUAUUGCCAACCUUAUUCUCAGUGCGUGGAAGGCUAGUGGUGCAUAUGAGCUUAGUCUGCAGCGGUGGAAGAAUGGGGGGCAACGGGGAUCUGGAGCUGUUGAUGCUUAGGUGGGAACCCUUGCCUAUAUGUUGGUUAAGCAUAGUAUCAUGAAUAUAAAACGAGGGCCUUUUCACUUCUAUUGCGAAGCACUGCGGCAUAAUUCCCCACUGUCUUCAGAUGUACAACGUUUUACAGAUAUGAUUGGUAGUCACUAAAACAAGAGAAUUGCUCAUAACGAAAUAGUCGAUCC